AUGUCGGGCCCGCAGGACAAUCUUUCCAAGGAGUUGGUGGAUGAGAUGCAAGCGAUCUUUGGCAAGCAUCCAGGCUAUCGCACCACCCACGCCAAAGGUCUUCUCGUCGAGGGCACCUUCACCCCGACUCAACACGCUCAGACGCUUUCAACCGCCGCUCACUUCAACCAAGCCUCCACUCCGGUGGUGGCUCGGUUUUCCGUCGGCGGCGGCAUCCCGCACAUCCCCGAUGUCGACAACAACGCCACUCCCAAGGGAAUCGCCAUUCGGUUCCACACCGGCCACGACACCCACACGGAUCUGAUCAGCCACUCGUUCAACGGCUUUGCCACCCGGAACGGCGAGGACUUCUUGACCUUCCUCCAGCUCCUCCAAGCCGUCAAUGUCGCCGAAUUCCUGCUCAAGCAGGCCAAGGAGAAGGGAGGCGACUACUCCAAGGAGCAGGAGAACUACAACAAGGCCCAAGCUGCCUUCGGAGCCUUCCUGGCCACCCACCCGUCUGCGGCCAAGUUCGUCACGUCGCCCAAGCCGAACCCAUUCAACUACGGCACCAUCACCUACUACGAGCCCAACACACACGUCUUGACGAACAAGGAAGGCAAAGUCACCAAUGUCCGAUACCGCCUCGACCCGGCCGACGGAGACCACCUCUACACCGACCCGGAGCAGUUGAAGAAACUGCCGGCCAGCUACUUGGAGGACGAUCUGCAGCAGCGGUUCCCCAGCAAGCCGAUCGUGCUCACCAUCCAGGCCCACAUUGCGAGUCCGGAUGAUGUUCUGGACGAUGCCACCGUCCCGUACAAGAGCACGACCUUUGUGCCCGUGGGCAAGUUGGAGAUCAACAAGGUGGCGGAUGACAACGUGGCCCGCCAGAAAGAGAUCGCCUUCAGUCCCAGCCCGGACAAGGGCGGCAUCAAGGGCAUUGCGUCGUCCCAGGAUCCGUUGAUCCAAGCUCGCAAGGGAGUCUACUGGAUCAGUGCUGAUCAGCGAAGGCACGAAAAGCAAGUCGAGUGA